AUGGAACAUCACAACAUCGAUGAUAUAUUGCAACAGAAGCAAUCACCAAACCAACGAAGUCAAGCGGAAAUAUCUGCUGAAGAAGCGAUCUCAUCGAUUGCACAUGAAUUGACAAAAGAUUCGCAAGAGCACGAACAGCUCGUUCGCGACGAACAGCAACAUAAUCCUCCUCACUCUGAUUAUGAUCAAGAGCGGAAGAGACAAAAAAUUGAUGAGUCAAAUGCGGAAGCAAUACUGUCAGGAUUGAGUCCCGGCAAGACCGAUUCCAUUAAUUUCGUCGACAACUCAUCUCAUGAAGGCAGCAGCAAGGAUCAUGCCGUAUCGGGUGGAACUGAAGAUGAUGCUGCUUCAAGUCUAAUUCAAAAGGCGCAUGACCAAUUACGACAAUUGCAGCAACAGCAACAGCAGCAGCAGCAGCAGCAACAACAACAACAACAACGUGAGCCCCUUGGGCUCGGCGACCGCCUCGAAGGGCCGGUAACCGACAAGGACAAAAAUGCAUCUGAUAAUGCAUCUGCUAAAUCAAUAAAUCAGGAGAACGUGUCUCGUCACAAUAAGCAACAAACAGAUCGUCCCUCUGUAUCUGCAAUACCAUCAGACUCAGAACUUUUCAAUACAAAUGCGGCACAUGUUGCUUAUUCAUCGUUGUCAUCACAGUAUCCACACUUGAAUGUAGAUUCCAGACAUGCUGUAUUUACACAGGCAAAUUUAUCUGUGCUACCUUUGCCCAUUGUAGGGGCAGAUUUUCUACCCCCAAGGAUCCAACUUUUAAUCAACACUUUACCAACUUUGGACAACUUAUCGACGCAGUUGCUACGCAUUGUCGCGAAGUCAUCCUACAAAAAGAUCAUUGACAUUGCUUCCAACGCAGAAACUCCAGAAGGUGCAACGUAUCGCGAUUUGACCUCAUUAUUUGAAUUUACAAAAAGACUUUAUUCCGAAGAAGAUCCUUUUUUAACUGUUGAUCAUAUUGCACCAGGCAUGUGGCAUACUGGUGAAGAAACUCCUCGCGUCUUCAAGAACAAAGAACAGAGUAUUGAAUCAACUCUUCGAAAAGUAAAUUUGGCAACUUUUUUAGCAGCGGCUUUGGGUACCAUGGAAGUUGGAUUCUUUUACUUGAAUGAAUCGUUUUUGGAUAUAUUUUGUCCUGCUCAUGACUUGGAUAUCAAAUAUCACUUAAGUGAUUCGAGCUACUUGGACACCGCAAACUCCUUGGCGACCACAAUACAAUCGGGAGCAGGCUCAAAUGUGGGAGGAAAGAUUGGAAAGUUGUUAAAGCCACAAGCAAUGUUGUAUCUUGAUUUGAAAACGCAAGCGUACAUCUCGGCAAUCGAAGCAGGAGAGCGAUCAAGGGAGGAAAUUUUGGAGGAUAUUUUGCCGGAUAAUUUGGAUCAGAUAUUAUUGGCUAGAAGAAAUGUGGACUUGUUGUUACCCUCGGAAGCUGAUUUUGUUGAAAGGUGUAGAUCAAGAAAAGCAUUUUUGCUCAACUAUAACGAGGACGAAACGCAAAUUCCCUUGAGCGAAGAAUUUAAAUGGUUCACCUUUUUAAGGGAUCUUUUCGAUUACGUUUCCAAAAACAUGGGAUAUUUGAUUUGGGGCAAGAGCGGAAAGCCCGUUCGCGAAAAGAAGGAGUACAGCCCCAUAAGUCCAGAAAUGUAUGAUCAAAUCAAUGCUAAAAUGAACUAUCGUCCGUCUAGGAACGGUGAUGAUGAUAGCGACUCUGCCGAUACUGCUAAGCUUUUGCCUUCGGAGAUCAGAGAACAGCAAAUACAUGUAAAUGGACAUAAGCCCAGUCAGAGAAGACCUUGGACUCGAGAUGAGGAGAAAGCCUUCAGACAUGCGUUAGAGUUAAAUGGGCCCCAUUGGUCAAAAAUUCUUGAGUUAUUCGGCAAAGGCGGUAAGAUCAAUGAAGCCUUGAAGAAUCGAAACCAAGUUCAGCUCAAGGACAAAGCUCGUAACUGGAAGGUUUUUUAUUUGAAAAAUGGGAUGGAGUUGCCCCUGUACUUGAAAACUGUUACUGGUAAUUUGGAGGACAGGGUCAAAAGGAGUGUUUCGCGUCAGGAAAAAACAGCUGCUGCACCAGUUCCUAAUGUGCAUAAUCAAAAGAGGCGACAACAACAGGAGCAGGCCAAGGAGCAACAGCAGAAGCAGCAAGAGCAGAAUGAACAAUAUCGUGAUGAUGAGAACAUCGAUAGCAGCUUUAAGUGA